AUAACAAUGAAAUCUACUCAUGAGAAUCGCGACAGGAAGCGGAGAUACAGCUCAAGUGACGAUGAGAGUCGUCAGUCGAGGUUCUCUGUUCGUCCGAACAAUGAUGAUCAUCGUACAAAAUCCCCAGUGGAAAAAAGAGCCAAAAGAAGUGAUCAGGCUGAAGACCGCCAUUGUGAAAACCGUCGACGUCACGACAAAUCUCGUACGCCCGAAAGAAGUGGAUGGGACGCCAAGGACCGUCGGGAUCAUCGUGGUGGGCGCCGCUACGACAAAUCUCGUACGAGUUCCCCAACCAGCAAACGAUCCGACGGCUCCAGUAAGCUCAAGACUCCUGAUUCGACGACCGACAACCGCAAUCGUGACUCCUCAGCAAAAUCUCCAAAUAGCCAAAGAUCCAGAAGCUCCAAAACGUCUUAUCGCAAGUCCGAGUCUCCGAAAAUUGACGAAGCAGAGAAAACGAAGCAUAUGAGCGUCAUUGAUCGGAGGAAUAGCAGAAUAGUGAGUGAAAUCGAGGAAAUUGAAAAGUCGCCGACGCCAUUGAGAGACGAAAACGAGGGUAUUGCCACGUUCAGUUUUAAAGACGCCUGUGGUCCUGCACCACCGAACAAGGCCUCCAUCUGGGAGUCGGACGGCGAAAGUCAAGAGGAGAGUGCCAAUGAGGAAAAGUCGAAAUCAGGAAGCGGCCAGCAUUCGAGCAAACGUGAGACUUCUCCAGAUACACCAGAUCAUAUGCUUGAUAAGGUUUUUGACUCAUCCGACGACGAAACCGAAGACGCCAAGUACGAUACCACUCCACCGCCUGAAGAAUUGAACGCUAUGACGGAUGAAGAGAAAACAAAGUACACAUCUGCAAUGGAAAUGCGCAAACGCCGACGACGCGAGCAGGCGAUUUCGAAACUUCCGGUUUACUAUCCAGGGCUCCAUGGUUGUCAACACAUCUCCGAGUACCAUAUUCUCAACAAAAUUGCUGCUGGAACCUAUGGAGAAGUAUUUCGUGGCAAGCACACGCGUACCGAUGAGAUUGUAGCACUGAAGAGAUUCAAAAUGGAGAAUGAAGAGGAAGGAUUCCCGAUCACUUCACUUCGUGAGAUCAAUAUGCUUUUGAAGGCUGGUGAUCAUGAGAAUGUGGUUAACGUCAAGGAAGUCUUGCUUGGCCGAACAGUUUCCGAAGUUUAUAUGGCAAUGGAAUACAUAGAAAAUGAUGUUAAGAACUGGAUUGACAAGUUGAAGCACAAAGGCAAGCGUUUCCGUACUGGACAUACAAAGAAUCUCGUUCGCCAGUUGCUCCGAGGAAUGUCUCAUCUCCAUGAUCUCUGGAUUCUUCACCGCGAUCUAAAGACUGCGAAUAUUUUGAUUUCAAGCUCUGGAGUUUUGAAAAUUGCCGAUUUCGGAUUAGCUCGCGAGUAUGGUGAAGCCAACGACAUCGAAACGCGAAUGAAAUUGACAGAAGUCGUUGUCACUCUCUGGUACAGAUCCCCAGAGUUGCUUCUCCAGCCAAAAACCUAUUCUGCUCCUGUUGACAUGUGGUCUGUCGGUUGCAUAAUGGCCGAAUUCAUCCUUAUGGAUCAACUUUUCAAAGGUUGCGAUGAGCCAAACCAAGUGGAUCUCAUCUUCCGAAUGAUGGGUACUCCCAGUGAAAAGACAUGGCCGGCUAUCAACAAGCUGCGCAUUUGGCAAACUGUCAAUUUUCCAGUUUUCAAGCCAGGAGAGUUGAGAAGAAAGUUCUUGAAGGCGAAAUUGUUGGAUGAAAGUGGAUUUGAUCUUCUCAACGGACUACUGAAGUUGGAUCCCAGUCAACGUCUAACUGCCGCCGAGGCAUUGGAACAUCCGUGGUUCAAUGAAUACCCGGAAUGUGUGCCCAACAAAAACUUGCCACUUAUUCAAGCCGACGGGAACCUUGCACCAGCAGCCGGACAUGAAGCUAAUCAUAAAUCUCGUCUGGAAAAACUUUUGGAAAACGAAGACCCUGAACGUGCUGAACUUCUCCGCCAAUUCAACGUCAAGGCUGAUCAAGUCAAGGCAAGCAAUUUCCAGCUAAAG